CCCAAAUUCGAUGUGUUUAAUUCAGUUGAUUAUGCAGAGGAGAAGAGUUCAAAGAAGCACCAAAUUUACAGUAAGGAAUUCCAGGCUAUGUUAGAUGGUUUAGAUGAAGAAGACAGCUUAGAAGAAGGUGGUCAAGCAACAGAGAAGAAAAGGUGUUUAUCUAUGCAUCAAGUUAAGGCUUUAGAGAAGAAUUUCGAUGUGGGAAACAAGUUAGAACCAGAGAGAAAAGUGAAGUUAGUUGAAGAAUUGGGGUUACAGCCAAGGCAAGUGGCUAUUUGGUUCCAAAACCGACGUGCUCGUUGGAAGACCAAGGUGUUGGAGAAAGAUUAUGCAAUGCUUAAAGCUAAUAGAGAGAAGGAACCUCUUUGGAAGUCUUUUUCCUAA